AUCGCCUUGUAUACAGUAAGAGCAUUGAUUGGCUAACCUAGAAAGUCGCGUGUGCAAACAUCUCAUCGGCCGCAACAUAGCGCUUAAAUUACAAUUUAAUUUUGGCGAAGAGGAAGGAAUCGAGGUGAGGGAGACUCAUACUAGAUUUCAGGUAUUGAAGCCGGGCGCGUACCUGGAGCCCCAAACCUGUCGGCUCGCUCCAGAUGGGCUGAGGUGACAGUUAUGAUUCGAGCGACGUAAGAUGAUACUGAGGAGUUUCCCGUUCGCGCAAUGGGUCCUAGUCUUGAUCCUCUCCGUCGUGAUAAUCUACCUGCGAUUGCGGAUAAACGAGCUCGAGGAAAGCUACAGAUUGUUGCACGAUGUCGUGCAAACGCGAAUCGACACUAGAAAUGACGCGCACGUCAAAACGCCAAGUAAUGGUAGUGAUACGGAGGAUAUCAUCGUGAUAUAUAACAGGGUGCCGAAAACUGCCUCAACUAGUUUCGUGGGAUUAGUUUACGACUUGUGUAAACAGAACAAGUAUCAUGUACUACAUAUCAACGUGACCAACAAUAUGCACACCCUUACUCUCUCUAAUCAGGUUCAAUUUGCAAACAACAUAACAAACUGGAAUUCUAUAAAACCAGCAUUUUACCAUGGGCAUAUGGCAUUUUUAAAUUUUGGAAAAUUUGGUAUUAAUCAUACACCUUUGUAUAUAAAUUUAUUGAGGAAGCCUUUAGACAGAUUUGUAUCUUAUUAUUACUUUUUACGAUAUGGUGAUAAUUUUAGACCCCAUCUUAUAAGGAAGAAACAUGGAGAUACAAAGACAUUUGACGAAUGUAUAAACAUUGGUCAACCCGACUGUGAUCCUAAUAACAUGUGGCUACAGAUUCCAUUCUUGUGUGGUCACGAUCCAGCUUGUUGGGAGGUUGGUAACAGCUGGGCAUUAGAUGAAGCCAAACGAAAUCUGCAAAGGCAUUAUUUCCUAAUUGGUGUAACGGAGGAGUUAAAUGAUUUUGUGGAAGUAUUGGAAAAUGUAUUACCACGAUUUUUCAAAGGAGCAUACAAUUUCUUUUUACAUAAUAACAAAUCACAUUUACGACAAACUACUCAAAAACUUAAUCCAUUACCUGAGACAGUAGAAAAGAUUCAGCAAUCGGUUGUAUGGAAAAUGGAAAAUGAAUUGUACAAUUUUGCUUUGGAGCAUUUUCAUGCUGUAAAAAGACGACUCAUAAAUGCUUCCCCACAAGAUGCAAAUCAGCGCUUUAUGUAUGAAAAGAUACGGCCAAAAUAAAUCUCUACUUUUUUACAUAGAA